ACGGCUUUGCCCUCGGCUUUCCUCAGAUCGGCGCGCAGCUUGCCUCGCCGGCACACACACAUACACACACACACACACACACACACACACAGAGAGAGAGAGAGAGAGAGAGAGAGGGUGCUACCAUAUCUCCUGCGUUGGCGGGUGUAGAGGACGAACGAUCCGUACAGAACGGAGAUAAGUGCUUGGGAAGGACCUGUGAUGAUUACUCCCUAGGAACCUGUGCGAAAGAUCGAGACACAUGCAAGAAUGGCAUCUAGAAAGAGGCGAGAAUGGCAUCGAGAGAUCACAAGAGGAAAGGGGAAGCUCAUGCAAAACCCAGUGAGAGAGGGAGAGGGCGAACGCCUGUUGCCUCUGAAGAUCUAGUUGGGUCGCACACAUGCAGAGGCGAAGGCAGACGAUAACGCCCAGACUGGGGCACCACUGCUAUUUUUCUUCUACUGUGGCGAGUUUUUCAGAGUUACUUCCUCUUAAACAUGAGACUUGAGAGCCCAACGCGCAUUCGCGCAAGGCCGCCUAUCUCGCCAUCAGCCCGGGUACAGGCCACGUCACCCUCAGCACUGCGACUGCAGAGGGAGGCUGGUGCGUACUUCGCCUCGCGUCAGCAACCGCAUAUUCAGCAUGAGCAGGCUUUUCCUUCUUCUGCAGGGCCAGUCGCUCUGGAUCGUGCGAGGGAACAGGGAGAAAGUGAGGCAUGCCAACUCACUUGCUCGUUUCGCAACGAGGCAUCACGCCCUCAGUCGUUCUUUCCAUCGGCUCGUACGUUGUCUCGCCGUCACAAGCUUCGGAGGAAGACGAGGAGGUUGAUUGAUUUGCUCCAGGAUGAUAGGACUGCCCUGCAGGCAGGUGAGAAUGGUCUUCUCGACACUUUUUCUCCACCUGCCCCGCUCCUUCGCCCCUGUCCUCGACGUUCACAGUCUUUUGGCGGCGAUCUGUGUUCUGUAAGUGUUGGGGGUGAGGCACAAAGUACGGGGGAUGUGGGGUCAGGCUGUCCCUCUUCUCCAGCUCCUGUGGAUCCUGAUGCUACCGGUACUGUCGUCAGCUUCCGUCAGAACGCCAGCUUCCAGCAGAGUGCCAGCUGCCAUCAGAGCGUCAACUGCCAUCAGAGCAUCAGCUGCUGUCGGAGUCUUGAUGUGAUUGACCUCAUCAGUUGCUCCCAGAGUGGACAGGGCAAUGCAGAGUGCUUGGUGUCCAGUCCCACCAUAUGCUGUGGUGGCAAUGAUGGGAACGUAGAGACGAGUACUGGGAAUGACAAUGGAAGGUCGGAGCCAGGAAAUCCACCGUACGAUGACAAUGUUUCGCAAGACUGCAGUUCUGACGCUGCCGAGGGUACCGGAACACAGGCUUGUGAGGAUGCCUGCUUGGCACCUGAGACGGAGUGUGCGGUCCCUCCUGCCGCCGUCAUUCCCGAAGCAGAUCAGCAUUGCGCGGAGUGUGUUGCCAAAACAACUAACAAUUGCAGUAAAAAUCAUCUGUGCUUCGCGCAUGACAGUGCGGAGAGUGAAUCUCCAUUGGAGGCAAAGUCACGGAAACGGCCGUUCGAAGAAGAAGAGGGGCCGGAGAGCAGUCGUGCGAAGAAGCCGAGGAACGGUGUCGAGGACCUUCCUUCUCGAUCCCUUAGUGGUCUUAUGUCUCCUCCUCCCGAGGGGGAGGAGGAGGAGGAGGAGGGCAGAGAAUGUGUUCUCGCAUGCUCUAUCGGAAAUUGCAAUCCAAGAGUUGAUGCCGCAGACCUCUACUGCUGCACAGGGGAAACAACAGGGGACACUUGUGAGGAGGAGGAGGUGUAUGAGAAAGGAUGUGCCGGUGAGGAAAUGGGAUCCUCGGUGCAGAAUUCUUUGAUGCGAAGUUUUAGUCCAAGGGUGGAGACCAUCGAGCUGGAGAGCUGGUGCGAUGGAAUAGGGGAGCCGUGUCUGCAAGAGGAGAACGGGGUGGAUGGUGGCGAAAGCACAACAUCGACGCAGGCCUUGUCGAAGGCAAACUUCGGCGGGAUGAUGAUCGAGAACAUGAUGCAAGUGGAAGGCUGUUCAGACAGAAACUGCUCAGGCAGAAAAAGUGGAGCCAUUUGUGAAGAGGUAGAUGGGGUCUACAGCGACGAAUUCCGGGCCUUGGUGCCCAAAGGGGGACUGAAUGGGAAUGGAGAGGGGGAUAUGGUACUGGACAUUUGGGAUGAACAACAAGCCACGUUCUCUGACCCAUUGGAACACCUGACCUGUGUGGAGUGUCGACGCGGGGAUGGAGAGGACGAGAUGCUGAUUUGCGACAAGUGUGAACGCGGUUAUCACAUGUAUUGCCUUUGUCCUAUACUUGUGGCCGUGCCGCCGGGCAACUGGUUUUGCCCGAAGUGUGAGAAAAAGCCUGAGGUCAAGGAGUUUCCUAUGGUUCAAACGAAAAUCGUCGACUUUUUCCGUAUCUCGAGGCCUUUGUUUGAGCACUCGCGGUCCAGUCUGAAGAGACCGAGGCGCCACAGUCGAUAUGUUUUUUCUUAUAGGAGGCGCAGAUGCCUGCUGCCGCACAGGCCGUCCACAGACCCCGCGCGGCGACUUGAGCAAAUGGCGUCCCUCGCAACAGCACUGACUGCAUCAGGGGUCGAGUUCUCCGAUCGUUUAACGUAUGUUCCCGGCCUUGCACCCCGAUCCUGCAACAGGGCGCAACUCGAAAUUGGAGGAAUGCAGGUGAUGCCGAAAACCAGCCGGGCGGCAUACGCCUUAUGCAAAGAGAUGACCAAGCGGGGAGAGUGUGCGCCUUUGCUGGUGAGACACGACAGCAAACAAGGGUUCGUUGUUGAAGCAGCAGAUGCUAUCCCAGACUUGACAAUAAUCGCAGAGUACACAGGGGAUGUGGACUUUGUGCGCAACCGUGAGAACGAUCCCGGCGAUUGCAUAAUGGGUUUGUUGACCCCAAGGGACCCAGAUAUGGAGCUAGUAAUAUGCCCAGAUAAAAGGGGAAACGUGUCGCGGUUCCUGAGCGGUAUAAAUAACUAUGACAGGGCGGCAAGGAAGAAGAUAAAUGUGCGCUGCGUACGGUUCGCUGUAGAUGGGGAGGCCAUUGCGCUCCUGGUGUCUGUAAAGGAUAUCCGUAAGGGGGACUUCCUAUAUUAUGAUUACAAUGGCCUCUCACGAGACGGAUAUCCGACACACCAUUUUGUCUGAAGAGAUUAGAUUAGUACCAGCCCAACCCUGUCAACGUGUCCAAGGCAACCUGUCAGCGACUUCAGCAACAGAAUAUUCAGCUGUGGGGGUGGGGAGCUGCAAGGAUAUCCGCAAGGGGGAUUACCUAUAUUAUGAUUACAAUUGCCUCUCACGAGACGGAUAUCCAACACGUCAAUCGUACCAACCCAAUCCUGUCACCAUGUCCAAGGCACCCUGUAAGCGAUUUCAUCAACAUAAUAUUCAGCUGUGGGGGUGGGGAGCUGAGAGGAGUGAGCAUGGCUCUCUUUGGGACACUACAGACACUCAGGCAGAUGCACACAAAGGAGAGAGAGAGAGAGAGAGAGAGAGAGAGAGAGAGAGUUGAUGGGCUCUGCAAAUUUUGGAGCCAGUAUUGAUGAUAGGUCUGUGCAUGAGCACGUGAUUCCACAGAGCUGCCGAGAGAGAGAGAGAGAGGAAGAGAGAGAGAGAGAGAGAGAGAGAGAGAGAGAGAGAGAGAGAGAGAGAGAGAGAGAGAGAAGCCUGCGUAUGCUGAUACACAUGGCUUUGAGCUGAGUUUCUGCAGGACAGUUGACAAGUACUUGCUUCUUAGAUUGCUACGCUUUAGUUUGCCGUACACGAUGGUUUGAUUUAGCUGCUGACGAAUUUUGGCCACUUUGUGGAAGACCGUUCUCACAAUUUUUUUCCCUGCUGGUUUUUCGUUUGAAAUGCCAAUCAGCAAACGUUAUCAUUGAUAUAUUCAUCAUGUGUUGUUGUAUGCGAGGGCCGAAGCGC